CCGAUGCUAGGAUCCUGGAGAACAUAGGUGGUGCGGGUCGGAGAGGAGAUGUCAGAGCGGGGAUGCCUCGUCUUGGAGACGGUGUUGUAGUCGAGGUUACAACACAGUGUACCGACCUCUCUGACUCGGCCCAACAACUUUUCAGAUGCUGGUGCCAAGAGUGAGAACUGAGUUAGGUGUCUCUUGGAAAAGAGAUUUUUUAAUCUCAAUGAGACUUCUACCUGGUUAAAUAAAGGAGACAUAUUUCAGCCUAACUCGUAGUGACACAUAUAUGGAUGGUGGGGUCGCAGCAUGCCCACCCCCUCAACUACCACUACACCACUGGCUGGAGGGAGUAGCAGCACCGGAGGAGGAGCAGGAGGAGGAGAAGAGGAGCCCAUGUCUGCUGCCACCUCCACCUCUACUCUCGGCUCCUCGUUCCGCUUCAUCCCGGCCUUCUGCCUGGGCGUCGUGGCAGCAGUGGUGUUCCAGCUGGCCUGGGGAGGUCUGACUCUCACCUCCUUCUUCUUGAAGUUGUUCAUCUAUGUGUCCUUCGCCCUGCUGUGUUUCCUGGCUGGGAGUUUUGUUCUGCUGGUCAGGAAGAGUCCUCUCAAAGUCAGCUGCUUCGACAGGAACAAAAGGCAGUCGGCUGUACGGCUCGAUUUCUUCAACAAGCUUAUGGUCCGUUUUUUGGUGCCACUUCAGGAGUCGAGCCAGAGCAGGAGGGUGGUGGUGUCUCACAAUGUGGACAAAGCUCUGAAGGAAGUGUUCGACUUCGCCUACAGAGACUACAUCCUGUCCUGGUACGUCCCUCUGAGCCACGAUGAGGGCCAGCUGUACUCCAUGCUGGCGGAGGACUGGUGGCAGAUGAUCGGCCAGUUGAGAUCCAGACUCGCUGACAUCGACCUCGUCAACGUGGUGUGUUACGACUCCAUCAGGAUCCUCCACACACACUUCACCGACCUCAAGGUUGCAUCUGCAAGACCAGAGGAGGGUCCUCGUCCGUUCCCUCUCCAUCCCUGUCUGGUGAGUCCAGACUCUGAGCUGGCCUUCCUCCGCUGUGUAGCCAGAAUCCUGCUGCUAUGUCUGCUGCCACAAAAGGAUGCCAAGUCACAUACACUACGCUGCUGCCUCACAGAAGUCAUCACUACUAAAGUGUUGAAGCCUUUGGUGGAGGUGCUCAGCGACCCCGACUCCAUCAACAGGAUGUUGUUGUCUCAGCUGGAGCAGAGGGAGCAGCAGGCGGAGCAGCAGAAGAAAGCCUACACCUACGCUGCCUCCUACGAAGACUUCAUCAAGCUGAUAUCAACCUCUGCUGAUGUCAAUUUCCUCAAACAACUCAGGUAUCAGAUCGUGGUGGAGAUAAUUCACGCCACCACCAUCAGCAGCCUCCCUCAGCUCAAGAAGCAGAAAGAGAAAAAAGGUAAGGAGUCAGCAGCCAUGAAGGCAGACCUGCUGAGGGCCCGAGAUAUGAAACGAUACAUCAAUCAGCUGACUGUUGCUAAGAAACAAUGUGAGAAACGGAUCCGUUUACUCGGAGGACCAAACUAUGAGAACAACGAGGAAGGAGGGGCCGAUGACGGCGACGAUCCUCAGAGCCAGAAGAUUCUCCAGUUUGACGACAUCUUGUGUAAUCCAGGUUACAGAGAGCAUUUCAGAGUUUACAUGGAGAGAGUUGAUAAGAGAGCUCUGAUCAGCUUCUGGGAGCUGGUGGAAACACUGAAAACUGCCAACAAGAAUGAAGUGCCCCAGAUUGUCGGGGAAAUCUACCAAAAGUUCUUUGUGGAGAGCCGAGAGAUCCCAGUGGAGAAGUUUCUCCUGAAGGAGAUCCAGCAGAGUCUGGUGGGAAACAGAGGAACACAAGUCUUUGUUAGGCUACAAGAUCAGGUGGCCGAGACCAUGAGAGAGCGUUACUACCCGUCUUUUCUGGUCUCGGACCUCUACGACCGGCUGAUCAUCAGAAUGGAGCAGAACAGCCAAUCACAGUGCAGCACUGAGGAGAAGGAGGAAGGGUGCCAGGGUCUGGAUGCAGGAGAGGAGGUUGGAGAUGAAGGCAGUAAAGGAAUCAACGAGCAGGCGAGCUACGCCGCCACCAAGCUACGACAACUCUACGACAAACUGGAGUACAAGCGCCAGGCGCUGGGCUCCAUCCAGAACGCUCCCAAACCAGACAAAAAGAUUGUGAGCAAACUAAAGGAAGAGAUUGGAGCCAUGGAGAGAGAACACGGAGAACUGCAGCAACACAUUACCAGAACCGACUGGUGGUGUGAGAACCUGGGACACUGGAGGGCCACCAUCACUACAGCUGAGGCUACAGAAGAAGGUGGUGAGACUGUUGCUUGUUACAGUGUGAGUGUGAGUUUGGUGGAAGGAGAAGAAACCGCCAACAGUCGCUGGAGCGUCCAGAGGAAACUCACUGAGUUCCAGAUGUUACACCGCAAACUCACUGAGUGUUUCCCGUCAUUGAAGAAACUCCAGUUACCAUCACUCAGUAAACUUCCCUUCAAAUCCAUCGACCAGAAGUUCUUAGACAAGAGCAAAACUCAGCUCAAUGCCUUUCUGCAGCGUCUGCUGACAGAUGAGCGUUUGUGCCAGUCGGAGGCUCUCUAUGCGUUCCUCAGCCCGUCCCCAGAGCACCUCAAGGUGAUGUCAAUCCAGAAGAAAUCUUCUUUCUCUCUGGCCUCCUUCCUGGAGAAGCUACCUGGAGACUUCUUCUCCCAUACUGAGGAGGAGGUUGAUGAUGACAGCGACUUGUCAGACUACGGAGAUGAAGCAGACGGGAGGAAAGACGCCCUGGCUGAACCUUGCUUCAUGCUCAUAGGAGAGAUCUUUGAACUCAGAGGAAUGUUUAAGUGGGUGAGGAAGACUCUAAUUGCACUAGUCCAGGUGACAUUUGGACGAACUAUCAACAAACAGAUCCGGGACACUGUAAACUGGAUCUUCUGUGAACAGAUGUCGGUGUGUUACAUCAGUGUGUUCAGGGACACAUUCUGGCCCAACGGGAAGCUGGCGCCGCAAAUCAAGGUCCGAACCGACUCUGAACGCAGCGAAACUAAAGAACGAGCUCAGCAGAAACUACUGGACAACAUCCCAGAUGCACUCACAAACCUAGUCGGCCAGCAGAACGCUCGCUAUGGAAUCAUCAAGAUCUUCAACGCCCUGCAGGAGGCUAGUGCCAACAAACAUCUCCUCUAUGUUCUGAUGGAAAUGCUGCUGAAGGAAGUGUGCCCUGAACUCAGCACGGAGGUGGACAACAUCUAAUCACACACACACACACACACACACACACACACACACACACACACACACACUUACCACAGCCGGAGUCUCUGGAUCUGUUAGGCCUUUUCUGUAGCUGACCAAUCACAAACUGCCAAGCCUUUUGGUUCAACCUCAGACAGAAAGCAGCUGCUGGGUCAGAACGGAGACUCGCUGCUGGUUCUGUUGCUGUGAAACGAUGAAAAGCUGAGCUGACACCAAACUGGAAAGAAAAGGGGGGACUGAUGUUUGACAUUGUUGCGGUACAGAUCUAAAACCUUUUGUCUGUCUAAAUGGGGAGAAAUCACACAGUCUGAGUCUGACUUCGUCCUGUUUAGGCAGCUGUCUCACUCGACGGAUCACAUUUAUACAUGAAGUCAAUCCACUCACGAGAACAAAUUGUAUUUUUGACAUGAUGUGACAGUCAGUUUUCUUCUUUUAAUGGCACUUAAACAGAUCUGUACCACAACAUACCUGUUGUUCUUUAUGUGUGGUCUAUAGAUUACAAGGCAGAGUAACAUUAUGUGAAGGAAAAAAAUCCUAGAGGUGAUAAUCUACAGAUUAACUGCAGCAAAAGGCGGUUUAACUUGUGGUUUGUGUCGCCCCCUAGAGGCGGCGCGGUGUCAUUGCCCCACGGACCUCUGAACAUUCCUCUACACACAACCUGAGCAACAACACUUGUGUUCUGUGAUUCUUGUUAAGGCUUAUAAUUGUGCAAUAUAAUGUCAUGUAAAAGUCAUUGUGAUGAUUUUAUUUAUGAUUAUUAUUGAUAGAUUUUAUUUUUACCAAAAAUUGUUUAGAGAGCGUUUAUAUAAGCAAUAAAUUGCAAACAAAGAGUG